AUAUUUUCUGCAUGUGUGAAAUGAAAUACAGGCCUCUCAAUUAGCUACAAGCCAGCUCACAUUACAGUCUCCGCCGGUGUAAGGUAAUACCUGUAUAUGUAGCACUGCAGCACGACACAGCCCACACCCUUCCCAUCAUCACAGGUGGACAAAAACACAACACAUUCGGGUAUAGCCCAAUGCACUUCAGUUAGGCCUACUUCUCAGGAUCAGGUCUGACAAGAUUUCUGACAGCCUUUCUGCGGGCUCACCACCCUCUUCUAUGAAUUUAGGCUGUUUUUUUCUGUGCGAUUUGUUUUCAAUGUCUGUCAGUUCCGCGAAACACGGACGUCGCUUGUGAUCAGGAAUGAACUGGUCGGGAUUGCAGUCCCUUCUGAGCGGGGUCAAUCAAUAUUCGACCGUGUUUGGUCGAGUGUGGCUAUCCGUGGUGUUUGUGUUUCGCGUCCUGGUGUUUGUAGUGGCAGCUCAACGCGUUUGGGGUGACGAAAACUUAGUGUGCAACACCAGGCAACCCGGCUGUGCCAACGUCUGCACCGACACCACAUUCCCCAUCUCUCACACCCAUCUGUGGGCAUUACAGCUCAUCUUCGUCACAUGUCCGUCGCUCAUGGUCAUAGCCCACGUCAAACUCAGAGAAGACAAAAACAAGAAGUACACAGACGUCCAUGAGGGAGAGCAUUUAUACGCCAACCCUGGAAAAAAGCGUGGUGGUCUUUGGUGGACUUACCUGCUGAGCUUGCUCAUUAAAAUCAUUGUCGACGCUGGUUUUCUUUAUAUUCUUCAUUACUUGUAUAACGGCUUUGAUCUUCCUCGCCUUGUCAAGUGCUCGCUGGAUCCUUGUCCAAAUACAGUGGACUGUUUCAUCUCUCGUCCCACAGAGAAGAAGAUCUUCAUACUCUUCAUGGUGAUUUCCAGUGUGGUCUGCAUCUUCAUGUGCAUCUGUGAAAUGGCUUAUCUCAUUGGAAAGCGAGUAUCCAAUAACUUUAUGAUGGUAAAAGGACCAGCACAAAGAUCCAAAACACAUGAUCCAACUCUUUCAAGCAGACAGAACUUAAUUUCACAAAAAGUAAAAGAGAAAAAAAUAGACAAUACAGCUCUUUAAUGACAGCAGCAUGUCCACAUAUGUUUACAAACCCAUUCACUGCCAAACUGCCUGGCCUACUGGCCAUUUUACCAGAGUAAAUAUUCAAUAGUAUCAAUGUAGGAUUUUUUAGUCUUUCGAUAAAAAUGUCAAAUGUUUUUGUUAGUUUUGUUAGUGCUGGACAAAGAUUAAUUCCAUCUAAAAUAAAAGUUUGUUUUGACAUAAUAUAUAGAGUGUGCUGUGUGAAUCGCCAGUUCGAUCCCAGCUCAGACCGGGUUGGGUGCAGUAGGACCAGUGAAUUACAUGUGGGGGCUCAUUCGGGAUGGGAGUGGGGUUAAGGAGGUGAGGGUAACAAAGGCCAGCUAGUGAAGUGCUAUGGGGGUAAGCCUCACUCCUCUGACCCCUAAAGGUGUUCUAGCGACAGAUGCUAAA